AUGUCCUAUGGCCUUUCGGCUGGAUGGGAUGAUGAUAUCAUGGAGACCUCCAAGGGAGGCAUCUGGCCCGUUGACACCGUCGAUGCCACGCGCAUCGGCGUCGGCGUGGCAUCGGCUCCGCCGUCCUUUCCGCGGCGUGGCGCUGCGGCGUUGACGAAAGCCACGGAACUGCUGUGGCGGGUCAACGAUGUGGCGCGCGCUGCUCAAGUGGCAGCUGCUUUGGAGAUGCCGGAGGACGAAGAGAUGGAGCCCACGACCCUCGAAGACGAGGCCGCAGAGACGGUGCCGGCCACGUCCUCGGCACCGGCGAAGCUGGGACCCUCCAGAGGCUCCUGUCGCCUGGGGCUCCUGGCUAUGCCGGUGAGCGCGGGUGGAACGUACCAGGUGCGGCUCUUGCGCACAGCUCGGGGUCCGGUUCCACCGCAGCCCAGGUCGGCAGAUCUAUCAGCAGAAAGUUUGUUGCAAGCGCAAGUGGAAGCUGGACUGGCCUCAUCUGUGGAAGUUUUACCCUCAGGUACACCCACCACCGGAACUCCUGCCUUGAUUUCGCCUGUGGGGGCGGAUGCAAAAGUGCUGCUGCAAAAAUAUAGCGCAGUGGCUGCAGAUUGUUUCGGCGACGUGGCUUCGGACGCCUUCCACCUGGCUGAGGCGCUCUUCGCCGGCGCUUCCUCCGGGGCGGAGGUGCUGCCGCGGCUCAGCAGGUGGCUUUCCCGGGUGAAUCAGCGCACGGUGAAGCAGUACCUCGACAAAAGGCGACCCAUCCCUGGAGCUUUCGGUGGAAAUUUCUCCGAAGCGCAAUGUCUGGAAGCCGUCUUUCACCACCUCACGGCCAACUCCAUCCCCGCGGCUUUGCGGGAGCUGCGGAGCCUGGCGGGUUAUGACCGCCUUGCCGCCAUCCUGGCGGCCUCUGGCGGCAGCCCGCUGCCGGGCCCGCAGCGCCGCUUCCUGCGGCAGCAGCUGGCGGAGUGGAAGUAUCAACCGCAAGCAGAUGCCUUGAUGAGUCCUGAACUCUGGCGCAUCUACAGCUUGCUGGCUGGGGAUUUGGAGGUCCUACGCGAUUGCCUCGACUGGCGCUGUGCCUUCGGGGUGGUCCUGUGGUAUGGCCAGUGCGAAGAGGCCGACGUCGCCGAGGAGGAUAUGUUGACGAAAGUGGUGACAUCCUACCUUGACGCAGUGAAGCAACAGGGCAUGUCGUCUAGAAUAAGACCUCUUCCGGGAUAUCUACAGUCCACGGCCAUGCAAGACAUGAGUCAAAGCUUCCAACCUUUUCCCAGAGUCGGUGAAUCCAUUCGUACCUCCGAUCCUCCCGAGAGUCUGCAGUUCGCAGCCAUUCGGAUGGCUGCCGGCUGCUCCUUGGGGGAAAGCUCCGACGUAGCACAUUUUGAUUACCAGACCUAUACGAAGGAUCCCUUAGACAUCUCUUUGUCGUGGCAUUUCUCAGUGCUGAUGCUGGCUUUGCAGGGUGAAACGGCACGCACUGCUUGUAGUGGAGUCGCCUUCCAAAGACUGACGCAGCAAUACUGCAAGCUCCUGGAACAGAACGGUUCCUCCCGUUGGGCCGUCUACGUGGCCCACUUCCUCUCCGAGCCGCGCGUGCGCUCGGCGCUCAUUCGGCAGCUGCUCACCAGCCACGUGCGGGCGACGGUUCCUGGCGCAGAGCUGCCGUGGCCUGAGCUGCCGCCAGGUUGGCUCGACCGUGCGCAAGCUUUGGCGAUGGAACAGCAGCGCAACUGGUGUGGAGCCUUGUGGUGCUGGCGGAAAUGUGGUGGAGAGGAGGCUCGGGCCAUCACCAUUGCGUGUGGCUAUCUCUUGGGUCCUGCUAUGCUGGGACACGCUUUCUCGCCCUUCAAACGUGGCGCGGUGGAGGCAAUUCUCUUGGCACCCAUGACGCCUGCGGCGCGCUGGUUGCUGCAGUGUCUGCAAGAACUGAGUGGCGCCAUGGGAUGCCACGAUGUGCUGUGGGCCGAGGUGGGUCGUGAUGCUCUGGAGCUGCUGCGCGACUGGGCCGAGAAAACUGCGGCGUCUGACAGCGCGCCGGCGAAGUUCGAGCCGCAGCGCUUGGUACGGCUGCACUGGAAAUGCGAACGCCUGCGGAAAUGCCACGUGGUAUGCUGGGCUUUCCGCAAUGAGGAGCGACGCGUUCCGUAUCGAAAAAGAUGCGACACCGCGACGCGUUGCUUCUGCCUGGUGAUGGAAUUGGCCACAGGCUCCCUAUGGCAGUUGCUGCAUGGUGCAUCUUGCAGCACAACACCAAGCGCCGCAAUGCGCCCAGCGCAACGAGUCGACUUGGCUUUGGAGGUCUUGGAAGGCCUCUGCUUUCUGCAUCAGCAGCGAGUGCUGCACUGCGACCUGAAAAGCAGCAACGUCCUGCUCUUUAAGGAGGAGCACAAGCUGGAGGCGAAAUUGUCGGAUUUCGGGCUUGCCCAAAGGCUUUCAGCGGCUUCCGCAUCUGCGCAGGCCGGCUCUAUGGCUUACCUAGCACCAGAACGCCUUUGCGGAGCUUGUGCCAGUUGCCAAGCGGAUGUUUGGUCCAUGGGCUGUGUGCUCGUGGAGAUUUUUGGUGGAGGCUCGCCGUUUGCGGAUUGCGAGACCCAGGAUGAAGUGAGGAACAAGGUGAUCCGAGGAGAACGGCCUUAUGUGCCUGAACAUGUCGACUUCGUUGCGGAGGUGAACGGUGGGCAGAGACCAUCGAUGCAUGCGCUUUUGAUGCUCGGCGCCGCGGUUCCGUUGAUCCGGGUUUCGUUGACCCGGGAAGUUAGCGGGGCCAGUGGCUGA